UCAUAGAGAGAAGAGCACAGAGAAACAUAUAGGGGAAAAUGGGUCACCACUCUUGCUGCAAUCAACAAAAGGUUAAGAGAGGGCUUUGGUCUCCUGAGGAAGAUGAGAAACUCAUCAGAUACAUUACCACACAUGGCUAUGGCUGCUGGAGUGAAGUCCCUGAGAAAGCUGGUCUGCAACGGUGCGGCAAGAGUUGUCGCCUGAGAUGGAUUAAUUAUUUGAGGCCUGAUAUUAGAAGAGGCAGAUUCACUCCAGAAGAGGAGAAGUUAAUUAUAAGCCUUCAUGGCGUCGUAGGCAACAGGUGGGCUCACAUUGCAAGCCACUUGCCUGGAAGAACUGACAACGAGAUAAAGAACUAUUGGAAUUCGUGGAUCAAAAAGAAAAUAAGAAAGCCUUCGGUGUCUUCAACCGCCACUGCACAAAGCAGCGUGGAUCACCAUCAGCAUCCACAAUAUAACUUUAAUAAUCCCAGCCAAUUAGACUUUGCAAACCAAGAUAAUCUAACCGCAAAGCCCCAACCAGUUCAAGACACUAUAUUUUCCUCCACAUGCCCCUUAUUUAUGUUUGACAUUAGCUCUUUAGAUAGUUCUGCAACAACGAUGACGACAGUACUGGACAACAACAAUAAUAAUGCAAGACCAGAAAUGUUAAUCCACCAGCAAGAUGCUGGCAUGGGUUUAAGCACAGAAACAUGGAAUCUGAGCCACCAUCAAAUUCAAGCCUUUCCUCCUCCAUCGUCAGCAGCUUUCACUGCAGCUUCAGGAAUGAUCGCUUCCAAUUAUCUGCCACCAUUGAUAGAGAACGUGGACAAUAUGAUGCAGAAUAUUCAUGAAGUGCAAUCUUGCAGCAUGGACGACGGAGAGAUGGCACUAGAGUGCUUGCAGAGGCAUGAGUUGAACGAGUGGGUGGACACGCAGCAACACUGUCCUAACUUUAUUUUCUGGGAAAAUGUGGAAGGACAGCUUGGUGGGGAAGACAUGGCACCGAAUUCUUCAAACUUGGGGACAGCUACACUUUCUUCUUUUCCUUCGUCCUUAGGUUUACUCAUUUCUGGGCGAAGGGAUAAAGCAGGCGAGAAGAGUACUCACAGGGUCUUGUGUUGCUGCCGCCUCCGCCUACUCUUCCACCUCGCAACCAUGAUUAUUCCUGAGAAGAACCGUCGUGAGAUCUGCAAAUACCUCUUCAAAGAGGGAGUUUGCUAUGCAAAGAAGGACUUCAAUAUGCCUAAGCACCCCGAGAUUGACGUGCCGAAUCUGCAAGUCAUUAAACUGAUGCAGAGCUUUAAGUCCAAGGAGUACGUGCGUGAGACAUUUGCUUGGAUGCACUACUACUGGUACCUCACUAACGAUGGCAUUGAGUUCCUUAGAACUUACCUCAAUCUUCCUUCCGAAAUCGUGCCUGCUACUUUGAAGAAACAAGCUAAACCAGUUGGUAGACCAUUUGGUGGCCCCCCUGGUGAUCGUCCAAGGGGCCCACCUCGUUUUGAAGGAGAACGUAGGUUUGGUGAUCGUGAUGGAUACCGUGGAGGUCCCCGAGGACCUGGUGGCGACUUUGGAGACAAGGGUGGAGCUCCUGCUGACUACAGGCCUUCAUUUGGGGGUUCUGGAGGAAGGUCUGGAUUUGGUCGCGGUGCUGGUGGCUUUGGAGCACCAACAAACUCAAAUCUUUCUUAAGUGUAGUGAUUUUUGUUUACCGUUUUUGCAGUUAAAUGUCAAGACAAAUAUGUAUGUCGUUUUAGUCAAGGCACUACACUAGAUACCCCUCCAUUCCUUUUCAUCUUUAUAUUUAGCGGUGCAAUGAAGUUUUUGGAUUUUGAGUGUUUUUGAUAAA